GCUGUUGACUAUUGACGUUUGUUAAAAUUUGACGUUUUAUCUGUGUCGUGUUGUGUGGCGUCCUGUCUAUUUAUCUUUAGAAUAUUAUUAUUUACUGAUUUUUACUUGAUUCCUUUGUGUAGAGAUGUAUUGAAGCUAAAGAUUAGAUUAUAUAAGUUUUAAUCAAAAAAUAGUAGUACUAUUUGAAAAUCUACUAUACUUUCUAGUUCGUAUCAUGGACAGAAACAAUAUGAGAUCAAGUUACAUAAACAGUGGACCUCGAUCCCUUCCACACAUGGGGGGCAGUAAACGCCAUAACAGUAACGGACACAACGGAGCGAGGCUGAGUCCGCCCGUGCAGAGCCCCCCUGCGCCUCCACAGAACAACAACAACACUAACAGCCAACUUGAUGAUCUCAUCAACUAUAUCUAUGAAUCCUGGAAUAAGGUGACCAGAGAAAUAGAACGAGGCAGUGAAGACGCAAAAUACUACCAAGAAGUGAUGGCUCCACGUCAGCUCGCAAACUUUAGACCGUUCAACCUCGAGGAGCUAUGGGGGCGCCGCUUUAUGCAGACUAUAAACAGAAACAAGCAUCGGUCUUAGUUCCCAAGGGAGACCACACCUCAUUGCAAUGUAAUUUUUAUCUACAGACGACUGUCAAGAUACGGCACUGAUGUGGUGUAUGUUUGUGACUUCCAUGGCUCCAUUAUUCAGUUGGUAAGACGGAGCUACGAUUUUGUUUGAACUAUGUUGAGAGUUUGAGUUUAUAAACAUGGACAUUGUGUCAAUUAAUAAAAUAGUAUUCAAGAGCAAGGGUUAUACAAAGUAGAAUACACUGGCCGUAGUGUGAGCUAUUGUAUGCAAGUACAUGCACUUUGUCGCAAAUCUGCGUUGAGUUAAAGCCCGGUCCACAGUGUAUGUUGCCAUACACAAUCAACAAAAACAUGACAACAUUUAACUAAUUUUGUUUCACUACACAGGAGUCAUAUCAUCCGUCAUUUUGUUUGCCAGAUAAACUCUAGUGUUGCACACAGUGUGUGUAAAGAAACAUCUAAGUUUUGUGAUGUGUUUUUGUUGAUUGAUUUAAAAAAACUUUCACUAGAGACCGGGACAUAGCAUUAACAAGAUAGUGCUCUGUAAGGCCUCUGAUGACAUCAUUCAGUUGUUGUGAUAUGUAAAAGCAAUAACAAAUAUUUUCAAAUUUUUGCAUUACUCUUGUGUCACUCAAUAGAUUUUACACAUGUUGCUAUUUAAAAUUAUGAAAUAAUGCAAUAAUAUUAUAAUACCUAGAUGGAAUAUUUAAAAGUGUUGAAUUAGAUUAAAAAUCACAUUGCAAUGAGGAGUUGACGGUUUGAAAACCAGUUGAUGUUGACAUAUGGUAAAUCUUCUACAUUAGUUUCCCUUCAUUAUGUGAAUUCCCAGCAUUUAGAUCCUAUGAGAUCAACCUUACUAACUUUAAUUAUAACAUCCUACUUCUUAUUAUGAAUAACUUUUGAAACUUAUUAUAAUAUCCCACUUCUUAACUAUAUGAAUUAUAUUAACGGGGCUUAGCACGAAGCUUUUUUAUUUAAUGUUGCUAACGCACAUUGUAAAUAGUCCAGUCUGGCUGCGUCGUUGUAACGUCAGCAACAUAAAAUAAAAAAGGUUCAUCUUCGCUAAGUCCCGUUAAUAUAAUUUAUGUAGUUAUGUGUUCAUAGCGCGAAAGUUAAAAAAAACACUAUCCCACUACAUAUUCUGAGUUAGAGAUUAUUUCUAUAGCAGUUAGGCUAACAACCUAUCGCUAUGUUAUCUCAAUUCCACAAAACCUGGCCUUCGAGUAUCGCAACUCUUGGCUCUGCCUACAAUACGAUGAAAGACGUGAUACGGUAUAUACUUUUUAUUAACCGUCUAUUUCGUGUGCGAUACUUUAGGUUUUAAAGAGAGACGCUAUUCAACUACUGUUGCAAAACAAUUGAGAACUUUACCAUACCAGAUGAAAUGAAGCUAGUUGUCAUAUUGUGAGUGUUUUACUCUUUUCUAAUAUUUUUUUAUUAGCCUCCAUAGGACGGACCAACUUUCACUUGCCUUGGAGUCCUCUAGAACUUUCUAUGGGAUGUGAUAGGUCUUUCCAAAGAAUAAUGAUUGAUUAGAAUACUGUAAAAGAAGAUUGAUUGAGGAUAUGUAAUUUAUAUGAAGGCAGCGAUUGCCAAAGACCUUAUCAAAUGUAUGGUUAUAUUUAUUUACCUUUCAUAUGUAUCGCUUGUGUUGUGAGGAGAUUGGCGUAGACUCGCUUGGCCUGCGAUAGUGGCGGUUAAGCAACUUUCGGAAUGGUCGGUCAUGGGAUGGGUGAACAAAAAUGGAUUGUCUCUAGCUCUCUUUUGAAGUAAAAUCGUUAACUGUAUCGAUCACGAAAUGUAUGGUCUUCUAUUCUCUGUAAUUCUACUUUUAUUUUCUCGAUCAAUGCAUUUCGUAGGACAUUACGCAAUCAGUAUUGUUUAAAAUUAAAAAGUAUAGGAAUAGAUUUACAUAAUAAAUUUCACUAUUAUAAAUAAGAUGUUUGUUAUACACAUUGUUUAGUGUUCAAAAGAAACUAACAUAUGUUAUCUAUAUUGUGAUAUAAAUUAUUUAACUAACUGCAAGCGUUGAAAGCAAUAAACAAAAAAUAUAAAUAGAAUAGCAUAAAGUUGGGAAACAAUUUGAUAGUUUUCUUGAGACGUAGGCGAUCACUAUAUGUAUUGUAAAUAAGUUAGUGUGAUUUAUUUUUUAUUUAUGAGGUAAGUGCAUUUUUAUCUCCCAUUAGAAUCAGCUAGACAUUACGUUUUAAUCAUGACUAGGCUUUUAGAUUGAAGAAUUGAAUAGAUGCCUUAGGUCUGAUAAUAUAUAUUGUAUCGUUUUAAUAGGCCUACAAGUUUUCGAUUCAAAUGAAUUCUUUAUGUUUGAAUGUGGUUACAUUGUUUGUAUGUUAUCACUGCUUAUGUAUAGUAUGUACAGUCUACCACAAUAGCCUAACCUAGGCACGCAAAAUCUCUAACCUUACUAGCGGCCCGUCCCGGCAUCGUUCGGGUAAAACCAUAAUAAAUUAUGUACCUAAACCUUCCUCUUAAAAUAUUCCUAUCUAUUUAAAAAACCCGCAUCAAAAUCCGUUGCGUAGUUUUAAAGAUCUAAGCAUACACAGGGACAGACAGACAAGAGGGAAGCAACUUUGUUUUAUUUAUACUGUUUGUAUCAUAGUGUUAGGUCACGUAUUAAUUACAUUUUUAGCAAUGACGCCCCGAAGCCCAGGUUUAAAAAAUAAAAUUGAAAUAAUGAAUAUGAUUUUACGACGUGCCCUUUGUGGGCAUGUUGUUGCUCUUACGACAUCCACGGAUGGGUCUGGGAUGGUCCUAUUUUAGGUAACAAGAAACCACAUAUUUUAGCAUAAAGCACAAAGCAUAUUUGCUAAACUGUUAAUUAUGACAUCUGUGGUAUAAAACAAUAUCGACAUACUUAAUUGUACUUAACUGACACAUGAACCUACUUCUAAAUUGGUGAGAGACAAUUGGAAGUUAAGAUUAUGAACUCUAUGAUCUCAUAAAUUGUUACAUUCCUUUAAGAGACAUUUAAUUCAUACGUGUGACAUAAACGUGUGUCAAAGUAGUUUUUUUUUAUAUCAACGAUUAUAACAUUUAUUUUAAUACACUAAAUAAAUAAGAUUUUAAAAUUAAUAUUAAUUAAGUCUAGGCUUACUUUAACGAUACAAUAAUAAACAACAGGCUAGUUAUUUUUAUGAAUUUCAAUUAAAUUACUACCUACAUUCCAUACAUUUAUCAGUACUUAGAUUUUUGAAAUUAUUGUAAAAUAAAUAAAUAGAAAUUAAGUGACGCAGCGCUGCCUGAUUAUGGAUUUGAAUAAAACAUUUUUACGAGAAA